AACUCAUCGCUGACCCUGCGCGGUGAGCUCCGGGGUCCCGUAGGCGGCUAUAAUUAGCACCGUCCCGGUGAGCAGGCAGCAUAUGUAGAGCGGGGGCGGUUUUUGGCUCCUACACACACACUUCCGUGUUUAUCUGUCACCGUAAAGCAGGAAGCACUGUAGUAAUGUGUAGGAGUUGACGAGCCCUCCUGCUGCUGGUUCCUCACAGGUGUCGUAUGAAGCCACAGUCAGGUGAUUUCUGCCGUUACAGGUAAAGAGAAAGCAGCCGGGGAAGGAGCUACAUGGAGGCUAACUAACUGAGCCCGGAUCCGUCGGUGCUCGGCACACGAUCACACACACACACACACGGGGACUGCGGUACAUCGGCACCGAAAUGCCAGCCGGAGUUUGUGGCUGCUGUGGGCCGCUGAGGCCGAGGUACAAACGCCUGGUGGACAACAUCUUCCCCGAGGACCCCAAAGAUGGCCUCAGUAAGUCGGACAUGGAGAAGCUCACCUUCUACGCCGUGUCGGCUCCAGAGAAACUGGACAGGAUUGGAGCUUACCUGGCCGAGAAGCUGAGCAGAGAUGUGGUGCGACACCGCUACGGGAAUGUGGUGAUAGCCAUGGAGGCUCUGGACCAGCUGCUGAUGGCGUGUCACUCUCAGAGCAUCAAACCCUUCGUGGAGAGUUUCCUGCACAUGGUGGCCAAGCUGCUGGAGUCUAGAGAGCCAGACCUGCAGGUCCUGGGAACCAACUCGUUUGUGAAGUUUGCCAACAUUGAGGAGGACACACCUUCCUACCAUCGCCGCUACGAUUUCUUUGUCUCACAGUUCAGUGCCAUGUGCCACUCUACUCACGAAGACCAAGAGACCAGAACCAGGAUCCGUGUGGCCGGGAUCAAAGGUCUGCAGGGCGUGGUGAGGAAGACGGUGAACGACGAGCUGCAGGCCAUCAUCUGGGAGCCGCAGCACAUGGACAAACUGAUCCCAUCCAUGCUGUUCAACAUGCAGGACAGCGAGGACCUGGACAGGGCGGGGCACCCAAACACACCAUCGGGGGCGGGUCAGGAUGGCGAGGAGAACCCGUCAGCGCUGGCUGAGAACUGCUUCAGAGAGCUGCUGGGCCGAGCGGCCUACGGCAACAUGAACAACGCUGUGCGGCCCGUGCUGGUUCACCUGGAUAACCAUCACCUGUGGGACCCCAACGAGUUUGCAGUUUCCUGCUUCAGAAUCAUCAUGUACUCCAUCCAGGCUCAGCACUCGCACCACGUGAUCCAGCAGGUUCUGAACCACCUCGACACUCACAACAAGAACACGCCGCGGGUCAGAGCCGGCAUCGUCCAGGUGCUCCUGGAGACGGUGGCCAUCGCCGCCAAAGGAUCUGUGGGGCCCACCGUGCUGGAGGUGUUCAACACUCUGCUCAAACACCUGAGGAUGAGCGUGGACUUUGAGCUGGGCGACAGCUCGAGGAGGAACUCCGCCUCCAGCGUUUCGUCCGUCCGCGGUAGAGAGAGCGAGGAGCGGAUCGUCCAGAACGCCAUCAUCCAGACCAUCGGCUUCUUCGGUGGAAAUCUGCCAGACUACCAGCGAGCUGAAGUCAUGAUGUUCAUCAUGGGCAAAGUGCCAGUGUACGGGACGCCCUGUCACGCCUUGGACACAGUCAAGAUUGGGCAUCAGGGCACCAAGCGGAUCCAGACCAUGCUGCUCAGCUCCCUCAUCAUGGUCACCUCCGGCUUCAAGUCUAAGUCCAUGGCGGCGGCUCUGCCUCCUCCCUUCCUGGACCCCCUCUUCUCCAUCUCUCUAAUGGAGGACAGCGAGCUGAGGCAGCUGGUGUUCGAGAUCCUGCACAACAUCCUCGACCGCCACGACAACCGCGCCAAGCUGCGCGGCAUCAGAAUCAUUCCUAAUGUCUCCGCACUGAAGAUUAAGAGAGAGAAGAUUUCCAAGCAAGACGUUGCAUUCAUGAAGAAGCAUGGCCAGCAGCUCUACCGUCACAUCUAUCUGGGCUGCAAAGAAGAAGAUAACGUCCACAAAAACUUUGAGCUGCUCUUCACCACCCUCGCCAUUCUGACCAUCGAGCUGGCCAAUGAGGAAGUAGUCAUCGACCUCAUUCGACUCGCCAUCGCGCUGCAGGAAAUGGCUCUUACCAACGACGAGAACCUGCCCAUGUUUAUUCGCUGCGGCAUCAUGGCGUUGGUGGCCGCGUACCUCAACUUCCUGAGUCAGAUGAUUGCCAACCCGCCCUUCUGCCAGCACGUCAGCAAGGUUAUUGAGUUGAGGAACAUGGAUGCUCCUUACCUCCUCCCAGAGCACAUCUUCAGAGACAAGUGUCCGCUUCCUGAAUCUUUGGACAAAGAGGACAGCCAGCUGUACUUCCAGACGGCCGACAUGGCCGAGUGUUUGGCCGGGCCGGGGUACAACGCAGAGCGCCUCUCCAUCCCCUACGUUCCUCAGGUCACAGAUGAAGACCGUCUGACCAGGAGGAAGAGUUUCGUGGACACCGUCUCCCUCCAAGUGGACAUCAUUUCCAACAGCCUUCCAGAAAAGUCCCAGCUGGCUGAGGAGAUCACGUUUGAGACCCUGAAGAAGGCCAUCGACACCACCGGUUUGGAGGAGCAGGAGAGGGAGAAGAGGCGCCAGGUGAUGGAGAAGUUCCAGAAAGCGCCGUUCGAGGAGAUCGCCGCCCACUGCGAAUCCAAGGCAAACAUGCUGCACGACCGGCUCGCACAAAUCUUUGAACUCACAAUCAGGCCUCCUCCCAGCCCGUCCGGAGUGGUUUCCAUCUCAGCGGGACACACCCAGCAUCAGUCCGUCCCCGUCUACGAGAUGAAGUUUCCAGACCUGUGUGUCUACUGAACGCACACAUCCACAAACCAGCUCACACGCAACAUUGAAAAUGCACAGAAAGAACAACACACUCACAUCUGCACUCCAGUCUCCUCUGUUCAGGUGGCGGGGAUGCCGUCAGGGACGAAGUUUAAAUCCUCUUUCCCGUCUUGACUCAAACCUGCGUUAAUCCACGCCGCUCCGAUUGGCUACACUUUGUUUCCUGACUCGCGUCCCUGAAGCCAAACUGAACUUUUGAGUCACCAAGAACAAAAAAAACAAAAAAACCCAUAAACUGCUUCCACUCUGGGGUUUUGUGUAUUUCAGACGUUGCUUCUCUGUUCCAGUCCAGCCAAAGCUUCACUCCUUGUACAUACGCUCUCUUAAAAAAGCAGCCUGAGGCUCGCAAACGCAGCUCCUGCCUCGUAACAACUAUCUGUCUCCUGUCAGUAGCCGUCGGUGCCGUCACUGAUUAGUAGGAAUGUGCAAUAUACAUAUAUAUAUAUAUAUAUUAGCCGUCAGCUAUGAAAACUGAAAUAACAUAAGUGGUGGUAGAAAGCAGUUUAGUUUCAGGCUCACUGCCCCUCGGCUCUUCGCUCUAAUCUUCAGUCUUUGCUGUUUAAGAUAAAACCGUAUCAGAAAUGACUUCAACAACCAGCUGAGUUCUUAUAAAUAAAUUCAAUGACAGCAAUACUCAAACUGCUUGGCAACGACACUCAAAAGCUGAAGAGUCGACAUUUGGACGAGUAGAAAUGGGCUCGCUCGUGUUUGGUGAUGACGCGAUUGUUUCUGAGAGGCGUGAGUUUGUAAGAGGAAGGUCACUGAAGAAGUAAAGAGUGGUCAUCUCCAUCAGCUCCCACCUGAGACUGUAUACUGCACAUACUACUACUAGUAAUAGUACUACUACUAGUACUGUUACUAGUAGUAGUAGUACUAGUACUAGUACAGUAGCCACAGGUGGACAAAAUCAACGGAGACUGUAUAAAAAAGAGCCACCGAGACAUCAGCGUCUAGUUUUGAGCUCCACAUUUGGAGCCUCAGUGUUGAUGUUUUGGAUGAUGUCAUAAUGUAGUCACAUGAUCAGAGCAACCACGUCUCCUGUAUCCAGAUGGAUUAUUAAAAAAACAGUUUUUUAAUCUAAUCAGGCUGUAAUCAUGUUUAUUUCUGCUGAAAGCUUCAACACGAGAGUCUGUGAGGACUGACUCACUGCUGGAGUCGCCCUCGGGUGGCCAUGAAAGGAACUGCGGUCUUUGGUGCGUCCAUAUUGGCAGCUUAAUGUUACUGUAAGGAGGACGUGAUUUACAAACUGAAACUACAACCUGAGCUCAGUGUUUGCCGUUGGGUCUUAUUGUCAAAGAUUUCAAACCUUUCAGAUAUGGAAGCUAUGUCCAUCUUUAAUAUACAGUCUGUGGCUUUGGUGGUCCUUAGAGAAGUUGUUGUAAAGUUUCUGUAAAGUUCUUGUGGCGGGGCUGAUGAUUUUAGAAAGAACUCUAAACUUCCUCUAUUAAAGAUUUGGGGUUAAUAUUCUCAGAGAUUGCAGUAAAAAUAUCACAAAAAAUACAAAUGUAGCAUCUUUUAAAGAGUUGAAGUUGAUUCCUCAUGUAUGAAACAGUGCAGUUAUGAUCACAGUUACUGGCCUGUGUGGAAGUAAAAUCAAAGCUACACGCUCUUUGUUUGUAAUAUUUCCUGAUAUGAGGUGGAGCUGCAUGCACCAUGUUGGCUGCAGAUCAAUCUGAUCCAGCUCCUUGACUUUGCGCUGUAGUCCCUGCGCACGCCUGCUUUCCAUGAACGAAUCAGCUGCCUCGCAGCUUUGUUGGCAGCCUUAAAAAAAACAAAACAAAAGCUGCUUCAUUGCCAAACACAGAAGUUUGAUUCUAAAACGUCUCAAUCUAAAAAGGCUGUUUGUAUCCCGUGAGGAGCCAUAUGGUGGAGUUUUUCAUUCCAAAACGAAGCGACCGGCAGCAUCAAAGUUAACCUCCCCGCUGAACGCAUUAAUAUUAAUAUCCAUCUUCAGCCCCAGCGAUACAAAGCACUGACAUUUUGGAGGAUUUAAUCAUCCUUGCAUUUUCAACAGUUAUCACAGCGCCGUGAUUUAUUUCCAAAACAGGGUACAGGAGGCGCGCUGGGAACAGGAGGAUUCAUAUGUGGCGCAGCUGCAGCUGUGAUCUGUAAUAGCAGAUGGUUAUCAGUGUUUUCUUCUGAUCUGAGCUCAGCGUGGGAAGAAAAUCCCUCCAGUUGGAGGAAGAUACCUGCUGCCUCUGUUUGGUGCGAGCAGCUGUUGGAGGCUGAAGGUCGGCGCUUCCUUUCACUCAGAGCUGAUCGGUGUGUUCGGCUCGCCGCGUCAGCGAAGGAGAAAUGAGUUUCUGGAGCGCUGGUUGUGUUUCUGAAUGAGAGAUGCUGGCUAAGCUGAAAGUCUGUGUUUGGCAUCACCAACACGAGCCUCACAAAUCUGAGAAACUUUGUUAGUAAAUGUGUGUUUUUCAGCAUCGGGUCGAAGGCCAAGCAGUUUAUUUGUGAAUGUUUGAUCCUGGAUACGUGACAAGUGCAGGUUUGGUGCGACUGUCCUGAUCACAUCGCAGCGUCACAUCUGUACAGUUGAGCCCGUGCAGCUGUUUGGACGUGGAUGCUUUAAUGUGCAAGGCCGGGGUCACGAAAGCUGCAAGACUUGAAGCAGAAGAAAUUCAGAGAUGAAAUGUUGGCUGCUAACGGAAAGUCGACAUAAAUACUGAUGCCAAAUUUUUAGGGAUACUUUUUCUUCUUUGCUUACACUGAUAUUGUAAUUUGUGUACUGAAUAUUACAGAACAUUGCGUUGUCAUACCAUCGUUAUGGUGAAUUACUCUAUACUCCACUUCCUCUGUCGAGCCAGCAAAGCUGCAACAAAAACAAGAAUUUAAGAUUUCAAUUGAUUUCCCAUCAGUUCUUCUUCUGCAGAUGGAAUUUUAAAGCUUCUCAGGUGUGCUCGGGUACCUUCUUGUAUUUUAAACAUGUUCAGUGACCCAGGUUUGGGUUAGUGUCCACUUUAACAUUCGGGUGUGCCAAACAGACAAAUUUCAAAAGUUAGAGCAACUUAUUAUAGAAUUUCGACUGCCAGUGGAGGUGGAGAAAAGAAGCUGAUUGGCACAUGAUGUCAAACAGUGUUACCUACAUGGUUGCCUAGGGAACCGGAUAUUCACAAGUAACCAGCUGUCACCGUGGGCAACAAAGCGAUGCACUGAUGGUUGGAUUGUGUCUGGGUACAAACUUACUACAGGCUUUUAAAGGUUCACGACCAGCAUUAAGGUGAUAACGUCUCCUAAAACGUGACCCUUACCUUGCACAUCAAAGCAGUCCCACUUUACUUUCCUUUACCUUCACGGUUGCUGACCGUUCAUCUACUCCGAUUGCUUCUUAUGUAUCGAUAACCAGCGACAGAGUGGGUUUGACCUCUUAACACCCACCGGGCACCAGCGACCCGGUCAGGGUUUUGUUGUAGCCAAAUGCCAAAAAGGCACGUUUUUGAGAAAUUGAAAGGUCCUAAGGUCUUUAACCAAACCCUAACCGGAUAUAAUCCAGUGGCUGUUUGGAGGUUAAAUCUUCUGUUUUAUAAGUAUUACAUGUCUAAUCAUUGUACUGUGUGAAACAUAGGUUACAGAGGACGUUUAACUGGAAACGAUGAGCAGAGCAGCCUGAACAAGAGAAAAGUCUCUCUUGCUGUUUUUUUUCUGUGCAAAUCUACGCAACAUAAUGUCUUAGCUUUAAACUCUCAUGCUUUAACAUCGUAGAAUCAUAGCUUUUAAAAAACAUGCAUUAUAUGAACUAACUGCAUGGCUCUUUAACUUCAGUCAUCGUCGUUGAUUCCCGAGGGACGGGACUGGGAUCAUAUGCUGAAACAAAAUCUAAACGAGCUCCUUAACGGCCGGAUCCUGAAGUCGGGCUUUAGAGAAAAGUCGGGUUUAGAUGUGGCUGGAAUACAUGAUAUCUUCCUCUCAUGAAUGUGUCGUUGCAGCAGUAUAUAUAUACAUAUAUAUCAUAUAUUUUUGUACAUUUUAUGCAUCACGUAUCAUUACAUUGUUGCCUAGCAGAGAUUUUAGAGGUUGGGAGAUUUCUUCUAAGACGAGGACAAAAUGCUGAAUUCUUUAUACUCGUGUAUUUUUUUUGUUGUUUACCUCGACGGUUCAGGUUUCAGCGGGAUGUUGCAGUGUGGGGGAGAUGGUCUCGUUUUUAUUUUUUCAAUUGUAGAUUCUAUUAUAUCAUUUCAAAAAUAAUGAAAAAUGAAUGAAUAUUAUAUGUAGAGCCAGAGGUUGGUUAUUUUUGGAUAAAGGAGUAAAUCAGUGCAAUCUGCUAAUGUUAAGAUCCAGAUUUAUUUUUCUUUAAGUGGCGGCUCAGGCUCAACCUUCAGACCUGAAACUCUCAGACGGUCCCGGUUGAAGAAUCAGCUCCAGAUUCACUAAAAUCAUUUAAAGUUGGGUCCACAAUAGUCGGAAAACUGUGUAUUCCCAUAUGUGACCUCGUUCCUGACAACGCUUCUAAGCUCCUCCUACGUUUGAAGACCAUCUCUUGGUGGUCUUCUCCUGGAAAACUCCUGUAAUCUGCAUGAGCCUCGAACGUUGGUUUUUCUUUUAAUCAAGAUGCCCGGUUGUCCCAUCUGUGCAAGCAUUUAACCCAAUUCCACCUUCAAUUUGCCAGAGGUCGGAUGAAUGUCCUACAAGAAUUAUACUGGAAAAAAAGUCCCAGCUUUUCCCAGAUUUAGUCAGAAGCAGCAUGAAAAGAUGGGUAGGGGUUGCAAAGCGGCUUGCAGAUGCUGCUUCAGCCUGUAGGCAGGUUCAAUGGCUUAAAUAACACGACCUCAUUUAAAAUGUCUUUAUUUAAUGUGUAGAAGCCAUCAGCUGAUCCAUCAGGAUGGUGGAGGAGCUCGGCUUCGUGGCCUGUCUGAAUUAAUGCUAAACUUAUUGACAGGAAAUAACGCCUACAAGGGAUCGUAACCAAGCGCUUGACAUUAAUUCCGACUUUUAAUUUUGAUUCAACAGCACCAGCAUUUCCACAGAUUACUUUAAAACUCGUAUCUCAGUCAAAUCCGAUGUUCACUGGAAUUAAACACUCAUGGAUCUGAUUGGUUUUUUCGUAUACACGUUCAUCGGUAGCGGUAUCAGUAAAGCCGUCUAAACCUCCAUGAAGACGUUACAGGAUAUAACUGAACGAUCAUAUUUGUGGGUAGCGGAGGACCUCACCUUCAGACGGGUUUUGUGAAUCUGGACCCGAGUCUGUGUUUCUGAGCCGAAAAGUUUAACACCGGCUGAUGUGAAGUCUGUAAAUGAUGUCGGAGAAGUCGGUCUGCGAACGAGCCGCUCGGCUACUUUUGAUAAAUGGACGGUAUGUUCAACCGAUUCAGCUCAAGCAAUCAUUCAAAUAGUACCAGCUGAUGUAUUAAUGAACUUUAAAGUAAAAAUGCUGAACAGUUAAUAACCGUUACGGUAAAAUAUGAUGUUGUGUUUGCACUUUGAUCACUGUGUACCUGGUACUAUAGCAGAAAUAAAUCAGCACCGAUGUGUGUUCGGUACAAACGGAUCUUAGAAGUAUUUUUGAUGAAAUGAUCUGUGUGGAGCUGUGAAAAGUUUCCCUCCUGAUUGGUGAUCUGAGUCCACGUGAUGAACUCUUCACCUUUCAAGAUGGAUUUUUUCCAGCUGCAAAAUGUCAAGAACAAAAAAAAAAAAAAGCUUCCGAUGAAGAUGAUGUUCUUUUUAUGUUUCUGAUGUAUUUUUGUGCCAGUUUUAGAUUAAAGGCGUUGCGUCCGUGUUCACAGUGACAAACUUGCUAUAGCUCGGCUUUGUUUCAAUCACACUGAUGAUUUUAACCACUAGAUGGCGCUGAGGCUCCUGCUGCUGGUUCACGCUUUCACCUUCUUUUAACUUUUCAUCUCAGUGAGAAAACUACAGCUACAUGACCUCAGCUGCUUCUGGAGCCUCAAGUGGACAUAAGAGGAACUGCACUUUUCCCAAACCUGGAUUUGCUGUUUGCACAAA